ACUUCUUUCAACUCCAUUGAUUUCAUCAAAUUCGUUUCGUUUUACUGGUCUUGAAUUGAGAACGUUUGGUUUUCUUCUCGAGGGGUAUAGCUUAGAGCACUCCUUCGUCUUCGUCUUCCCAGAUGGAGGUGGAGUCGCCGGCGCAUCUCUCCGCGGCGUGCGAGCGCCUGUUGAGCUCGGGCCUCUACUCGGACAUCACUUUCCAGACGGGGGACGACUCCACCCCCGCCCACCGCUGCAUCCUCGCGUCCCUCUCGCCAGUGUUUAGCACCAUGCUCUCGGCCGGCCUCCAGGAGCAAGAGACCGCCACGAUCGCCAUCACCGACAUGACCACUCCACAGCUCCGGGCCUUCCUCCUCUUCCUCUACACGGGUCGCCUGGAGCAGCAAAAGGUGGCGGAGUCGGGCUUGGCCGUGCUUGCCGCCUGUCACAAGUACUGCCUCCCGGGACCUCUCAUGAACGCUUGCGUCGCCGGCCUGUGUCGAUCCAUCACCUGCGAGAACUGCCUCGGCCUGCUGGAGCUCGCGGAUCUCUACGGCCAGGAGGCGCUGGCUGCCAAGUGCCAGAGCUUUGUCACCAGUCACCUGUCCGAGUUCCUCGAUUGCAAUGGAAAAGCGCUCGUCUCAAAGAAUGCGGAGCUCCUGCUGGACCUGGUGAGAGAUAGACUGCCACCGCUUGGCUUCCGGGAGAUCAAGCUCUGGUUCCGACGAUACAACACCCAGAAGGUCCGCUUGCAUAAGGUCGUUCUUCCAGCCGGUAGCACUGUCGCGGAGCUUGUGUCCGAGGUGAAUAAGCAGCUCAACCGGCCGAACAAGCUCAGGGUGUCGCUCCGGAUUCUCCAAGUUUUCAACCAUCGGAUCGGCCGCAUCUUCAAGAGGAAGGAUCCCAUCUCGGUCAUCAGCCAGGAGGAGUCGGACGGUGAUGGCCUGCGAGCCGAGGAGGUUCCACCGGACGACGAGAAGUCUCUGGCUGGUAAGUCUGUGAUUCACGUCCACCACUUCCGGACUGGGACCUGGUCGUAUGAAGCUUUCGGAGAGCCGUUUGCAAUGCACGUUCACCACCAGGAGACUCUUCGCAGGAUCAAGCAGAGGAUCAAGGCGAGGCUGGCUGUGUCCAACGAAACUUUUGAGAAGUGGAAGUUUGCCAAGUUCCAUACGGUACCAGGCCUGAAUGAAUACGUUCCCCCGGUUUAUCUCGACGACAAUAUGCCCAUGGCGGUGCUUCUGACGGUUGAUGGAUGCUCGUCCUCUAGAGCAAUGUCAACGUUGCCUCUUGGCAUCCACCACACCCAGGAUGUCUUGGGGUCUUGCAAGUAGAAAACAUAUCCUGCUUUCUUUUGAGUAUUACAACCAAUGGGUUGAGCUGACAUUAAAAAAAAAACAGAGAGUUCUUGUA